AUGCUAAUCGUAUCAUCUGCGAGUCUCUAUAACCAUCCAAUUCCCGUCCUGAGCCCAUCGAAACCCCCAUCAUCAGAAACACUUAUCGAUAUCUUUGAGUUUGGUCACGCUGACGGCGCUGUCCUUCUUUCUGCGAUUCUUGAUACAUUAUAUCGAGAUCCAUCUAGACUCGUUGUAUUGAAACCCCUGGAAGAAAAGACACCACCUCUAGACUCCAAUCGUCACGUCUCGCCGAUUGACUCUCAUUCAUCCCCGGAUACAUCGUCUGGACAAUCUCCGCAUGCUCGUAUAUUUAUGGAAGUAAUCGUUCUACAAUUACAGCCGAGCGUUUAUGUAAGGGCACCCGAUCGGACGCCUACUUCUUCUGCUGAAGCACCGCCCAUCAUGCCUAUGGAUAAUGGAAGGAGGAUGAAUCCUCAGCAGCAUCAUUAG